AAAUUUGAAUAAUUUCUGCAUAUUCAUGUGACGUUGGGUUCUAUUUUGGUAUAUCCCCAUGAAAGAAGUUGAAAUCCGGAAUUCAAAUUUUGGGAUGAUGACGUCAGGGCAAAAUCGACCAAUCAGCGCGUGUCCUGGGGCGUCCCAGCUGUAGCGGUAAAGAACAACCUCAGGAGGUGUGUAGGAGGGCGUCGGGUGGUGUUUGGGGCCAAAACCGGCCAGUUUGGGGUGUCUUUGGCGCAUUUUUACUGCAGCUGACAUCGCCAAGAAGACUAUCAGGUGUUUAGAAGAGUCCGAACACACCCAAGAUGAUGUCCAGGGAUGACGGGCGCACCUCACCGAUCCACCUGCACGUUGAUGAGGAGACACCUGUUCAUGUGCACGUCAAGAAGGGGAAGAAAUCUGCCACCGCAAAGGCUGUAGAUGGCCGGAUGAAGAGGACGCGGUUCGCCCGAGGCAGCACCUUCGGCGGUCCCGGGAACGUACGCCGGACGUCAUCACGAGUACGUAGCCCUCCCCCACCCUCAUCUCUCGCGCGUAGCCAGAGUCCGCCCGCGAAGGAGCCCUGGGUCCCGGCUCCCGGGAAGUCUACCCGCGGAGGGAAGUUUGCAUGGGAGUACCCCUGGCUCACCCCGCGAACCCGUAGGAAGAUCAGGAGUUUGAAGAAAAAGCCUCGAGAGAGCCUGGACGACUUGUGGUUGUCCUGGAUGAAGAGAAAGGGGUACGGUCUGGAGGUGAGAGGGUCGCGAAACUUGGUGGCAACAAAAACGCACAGCUGGUGGCUUGGUGAUUCCGCUCGUCUUGAGAUCAACCCAGCCGACAGGUCUGCCCUGCGGAGGUCUGACCUGGAGGCUGACCCUGACGACGUGAGGAACGCCGACGCCCGGCAGUACGAGAAACGCAUCGACAGUCUCAUGACAGAGAUGGGCACGCUCAGGAACGAGGCUGAUCUUGUCCGUAAGGAAAGGGAGCUGGACAGGACGAAGGACAAGCUGGACCUAUCCCAGCAUGCCCUGAUGCGGCAGGAAAGCGAGCUGAGGGAAGCGAAGACAGACCUGACAGUGACAGAGCGCGAAAACGAGCGUCUGCGCCGCAGCGUCGAGAGGCUGAAGGAUUCUGUUACCCUCACCAGCUCAGAGAAGUCACGUAUGAGUGCAGAAAGGGACUUGUUGUUGCGGAAGCUGACUCAGGCAGAGAUGGACGGGUCAGCCGCAUCUCAGCAGUUGGAGGAACUACGCUCCACCAUCCGCAGGCUCCGAGAUGACAAGAGGAUGUCAUCUGAAGACUCCAUCGCCCUGGCCAGACAGAAGGACCUUCUGAUGCAGCGUCUGGACGAAUUUGAGUCCACCAAUAGAACCCUGAGGACUCUUCUACAGGACCAGUACAGGAAAGAGGCGGAUGCCUCCCGUAUUGUGGAACAGAAGGAUGUUCUCAUGAGGAGACUAACAGACGUGGAGGCCGACAACGUGUUAAUGCUGGUUGUUGGGCGCCCUGUCAGCUUGCCUCUGUUUCUCUUGCUUUUGCAGCGGUUACGGGACGAUCUUCUGAUGAAGGAACGGAAGCUUGAGGAGUCCCUGGUGAUGCUAGAGGCAGAGCGGGGUAAUGCACGCCAGAUGGGGAAUGUACAGACGUCACUUGAGACGACGAGGGCUCACUUACAGAAGGAGCUACGCACUAAGGAGGCUGAUAACAACAGGAUGGCUGUGCAAAUCAGGGGUUUAGAAAAACAGCUACAACAAGAGAGAAUAGAGCGAGAACACACAUCAGAACUGCUCAUGGGAGCAAAGGAUAAGGCAGAACGGGACAAGGAUGCGCUGAAGAAGGCGACCCGCGUGCAGAAACAGCGAGCGGAACAGAGCGAGAACACAGUGGAGAGACUGAACGCCACCAUCAUGGAGAAGGAAGCCCAGAUCGCUGACCUCCACGCCUCCAUCGGUGAGCUGAAGGCUCAAAACAACCGGCUGACUCAGCAGAGGUCACAGGUCGAGUCAGAGAACGCAGUACUUCAUGGACGUAACAAAGACCUGGAUCGUCAGUUGCGCGACACCGAAGACAGACUGAGAGCAAACACAGACACGCUCACGGAGCGUGUGCAGAGGCAGGCCAAUGAAGUGGCUUCCCUGAAGAUAGACAAUGAGAGACUGCAGAACCAAGUGUCGACGAUGGAGGAUAAACUGAUCACAUCCCAGACGGAUGUCACACAGCUGAAGUCCAGCGUCAGGCAGUACGAAAACCUGGUCACCGAGUACAAACAACAGCCACGUGGAUCUCAGAGGAAGAUGGUGAAAGUUCACGGUCCGCACUGUUACGCUCUUCACGUGAUGAACGCGUCUCAGCGUGAGGCAGAAGCCGCACAUGUCAGACUGGAGAGGACCGAGCUGGAGAGAACACGGCUGCAGGAGGAGAGCACUGGGGAACUCGAGAGGGUUCGCACCCGUCUCCAGCAGAGGCUAGCAGAACUGGAGCCCCUACCCGAGCUGCUGAGGGAGUCGGAGAUUAAGAUCCAAGACAUGACGGACAGGAUCAACGCCUACGAGAAACGGGCCCUGGAGCACACCAAGCUUAUCACUGAGCUUACUGUGAAGGUGGAGGACCAGUCCGGCCAGCUGGAGAGCAACAGGAGUAAGUCCCACGCUGCAGAGGAUGAGAUUCGAGCUCUGCAGACUAAAGUGGAUGCUCUACAAAGGAAGCUAGAAGAGUCUGAUGCACAGAACCGUGACCUGGUGUCGGUGAUUGCCAAGCGAGAGGACACGAUCCACGAGACGCAGGCACGGUGUGACGAACUAGCUCGGGAAAACUCCAGCCUGAGCCGGCAACUGGAGGCAUCGAUACAGGACAUGAGGCGGCAGGCAGAGGAGACUCGGGACAAGGCAUCCAGCAAGGAGCGUUCAGCACAGAACCGUAUCCUGGACCUUGAGGCACAGCUGAGCCGUGUACGAUCCGAGCUGGCCGCGAUCAAGAGACAACGGGAAGAGCACGAGCGAAAGCACCACAGUAAGCUACAGGACCUGACGGACCGGCUGGAGCAGGCCAACACCACCAACCGCAGCAUGCAGAACUACGUCUCGUUCCUCAAGUCUUCCUACGCUAACGUCUUCGGAGACACCGUCCUCACCAGCUCUCCUUACAGAUCCCCCACAGCCAUUUCUUGACGCAUGCCUUGAAGUCUUCCACACGUCUUAUGUCUUAACUUUGAUUUCUCCCUCGAGUCACUGUACGCCAAUGUCUUCGGAGACUCUAUUGUUACCAGUUCACCUUACAGAUCUCCUACAGCACAGCCAUCUCUUGAUGCACGCCUUGAAUUCUUAGUUCCUGACAUCUUAAGAACUGUUUGUCUUGAUGGUGUGAAAUUCUAAUCACUUCGCAAAUCGGUGCUCUUCCAUAAGAAAAUGGCAAUUGGUUGUGUGCACAUGUACACUCAGCAAGAGAUUUUUUUUGCACAGACCUUUGGCCGACUGUUCAGCCAAAUUGUCUUGUAUCAAUUUUCUUUCCUUGACUCAGACUAUACCUAUUAUUUGUAUGUCAUACAGUACAAGGAUCAAGUGACUGGUGUAGUUUUUCAACAUGGAAGAGUUCAUUCAUCAUAAGUCAUUCAUAACAUAUGACAUCAACAGUUAUUUACCGUAGCGAAACGUCAAUACUUUGUACUGAUUUGAUAUUCCAAACUAAGUCAACAUUUGGUCACUGAUUAUUGUUAGUAGUUAGCCAGUCAGUAAGGGAUGUCAAAGACUCAGAUUGAAAAGCAUUUACAGUAAUAUGUUGCUGAGUAUGUCAAUGUCAGAUACAUGUAAAGCGACAGGCCAAAUGUAUUUACUCCCAAAACAGGACAUUUCUAACUCAUCUUUUUUUCAUUUUUUCAUGAAAGAUGAAUUCUUAUUAGAUCUAGAUACAAGAAAUGUUUUCACAUUUUUCGUACCAUUUUGUUAUUGUAAAUAGAGUCGUUCUUCCAAGUGACAUAAAAAUGUGCAGGGUGUUCUUGGUGCAGUUUGUUCACCCACAGACAGGGGGCACUUCUGCACAGUCCAUAAAACGUUGCACGAAGCCAAAUAUAUUGCACUCAAUGCCAAAUAUAACUUAAACAAGUGAAGUUAAGGGAGGUUUUUCUAUGUGUCUAGGACCAAUAGGCAGCUAGUAGUUCGGUAUUAAAGAGGGAACAAUGUACAUAUUUGUAGAAUGAUGUAUUUAUUCAUAUUCUUAAGAAUUGUAUCAAAGUUUGUGCAAACAUAGUGACAUCAUCAGAUCUACAGUGUGCCAGUUGACAUUGUACUGUUUCUUUGCUAUUUGUAUUUCAUGUUAUACAAAAAUUUGGACAUAGUUUGAGCAUACUUCUUGCAUGUUUAGUAAGAUCUGUUCCGAUGUUGUAUACGACAGUGCAUUACAAAAUAAAUAUGUUGUCACAUGUAUAUGUUAUAUAGUACUGCAGGCUU